AACAUCAAUACGUAGGGAGAGGGUGAAGACCUGCCGCGCGACAUUGCCCAGUUUCUGCAACGAACCAAGCCCGCGAUUGUCAUGGACGACCAGAAAUGCGGGACGAUAUCCCAUUACGAGAGUAUCUGUCGCCGUCGCAAGUCCGCUUGUCUCGACCGCAAUCGAGAGGACGCCAACGAGGGCUUCAUCCUUACCGACCACACUCUGCAGGCAGGACGCACGGUCGAUAGCCGCCUGCUCCUUGGUCCUGAUGCAACGCCGCACGACUGGCCACACAUGCAGUUCACCCACAAAAACGCCGAGAACGGUGCCGUCACAUCCGCCGCUAUCUCACCUAAUGGCAAGUGGCUCGCGGCGUCCUUCGACGACGUCUUCGUCACCAUCUGGCGCCUCUGCGACGGCAGGGUCCUCCAGAAUCUCGACGACGACGGGCACAACGACACCAUCUGGACCAUCGCGUGGGACCCAGACGGCACUUCGCUCGCCUCCGGCUCUGCAGACCACGACGUCAUCGUAUGGGACGUCGCCUCCGGUCAGAUCGUGCACAAGCUGGAGGGACAUGAGUCAGACGUCACUGCUCUCGCAUAUACGCCAGACGGGAUCAUCCUUGCGUCAGGCGCAGCAGACGCCGAGGUGCGUCUCUGGGACGUGGAGACGGGCGACCUCAAGGCGAAGCUCGCGGGCCACACUAUCGGCAUCACGCACGUCCUCUUUUCGCAGGAUAGCACGCGUCUCGCGGCCUGCACGGACUUGGGUGUCACGCUCUGGGACCCGCGGACGAGCCAGCGCGCCGUGGAACUGCACGGACACACAAGCGCCGUUUGGGCCGCUGCGCUCGCAGCCCAGAGCGAUCGCCUCGUCACCGGCAGCGAGGACAUGAGCGCCCGUGUCUGGAGCGCAGACGACGGCACCGAGCUCGUCACGCUGCAGGAGCAUACGGGCGCCGUCUGGGCAGUCGCAUUCUCGCCCGACGGCAGCCAGGUUGCGACUGGGUCAUACGACGGGCAGGUGAUUGUCUGCGACUCCUGGACGGGCAAGUGCCUGCACGCCUUCGGCAAGCAACUCACGAAGCCCGCCGAAGCUGUCGCGUAUUCGACGAACGGACGUCUCAUCGCUGCCGGGUCUGCAGACGGGCAUGUCAGAGUCUGGGAUGCAAGGUCUGGAGAGGCUAUCGCUGAGUUCGAAGGACAUGAAGAGAAAGUCAAGAAAGUCAUGUUCACACCUGACGACGGGGAGCUUGUGUCAGUUGCGGAGGAUGGGACUAUCCGAGCAUGGGGGAUUUCAGAUGUACUGUCUUUAUUGUGAUAUAUCCGUUUCUAUAUGAUCGUACCGUGACUUUAUGUACUUGUUUCCUGGGUUAUAUCUAGGUGAUAUUGGAACAUUG